UCGCGGCAAUUCGAUGAACUCAACUGUCAAGCAUCAGUGUUGAAUUUGGUCGUGCCUCUCUGAUUGAAAAUUUCGCAAAAAUAGCCAUGGCAGGACGAAGCAGCGAUGUGGAAAUGGCCCAGAAGACGUGGGAGUUGGAGAACAACAUCGAAACACUGCCGGCAUGUGAUGAAAUCUUCAAAUACGACGCUCAACAGCAGCAACAAAUUCAGGCUGCUCGUCCAUGGGACAAAGAUCCCCACUUCUUUAAGGACAUCAAGAUCUCAGCUCUGGCGCUCCUCAAGAUGGUCAUGCACGCCAGGUCAGGAGGAACUCUGGAAGUUAUGGGCCUUCUUUUGGGAAAAGUCGAAGAGAACACAAUGAUCGUCAUGGAUGCCUUUGCACUUCCGGUGGAAGGAACAGAGACCCGUGUGAAUGCUCAAUCGCAGGCUUAUGAGUACAUGACGGCAUACAUCGAGUCGGCUAAAGAAGUGGGACGCCUUGAGAAUGCCAUUGGAUGGUAUCACAGUCAUCCAGGCUACGGUUGCUGGCUGUCCGGCAUCGAUGUGUCCACACAGAUGCUGAAUCAGAACUUCCAGGAGCCUUUUGUUGCCAUUGUGAUCGAUCACGUGAAGACAAUUUCAGCCGGAAAAGUCUGCCUAGGUGCUUUCCGGACGUAUCCGAAGGGAUACAAGCCGCCGAAUGAGGAACCUUCGGAGUAUCAAACGAUCCCACUGAACAAGAUCGAGGACUUUGGCGUGCACUGCAAGCAAUAUUACUCUCUGGAAGUAAGCUAUUUCAAGUCGGCGCUGGACAGGAAGUUGCUGGAUUCUCUGUGGAACAAGUACUGGGUGAACACGCUCGGCAGCUCAGGUCUGCUUAGCAAUUCUGACUACACGACUGGCCAGAUCUUCGAUUUGUCCGAGAAGUUGGAGCAGAGCGAGGCGAGUCUUGGCAGAAGUCCAUUCGUCGUCACGGGAUCUGAUCCGCACGAGAAGCGCACGGAGGACAGACUGUCUAAAGCAACGCGCGACUGCAGUCGAUCGUCCAUUGAGCUCAUCCACGGACUGAUGGCGCAAAUAGCCAAAGAUAAGCUCUUCAACACGGUGGGAGUGAAGCAGAAAUAA